AUGUUUAACACAACGCCGCCAAGAAGAGUUCUUAAACUUGCAAACAAGAAGAAAUCUGCAACAGAUGCUGUAGUUCAGAAUCGCUCCAACACCUGUUCUAACUCUGGACAGCACCUCAAUUAUCGCAAGCCCCGAUCUUCGAAAGUCUGUCAGCCAUCAGCGAUUCACCACCGAUACUGCGAUGCUGUUGAUGGGGUUCCGAAUUUUGAAACUACCUGCAGAGGGUACAACUGCAAAAUUUCUUUUCAGUUUUCCAAUUUGUUGGGAAAGAAUUUGAAAAGCUACAUUGGGUCUGAAGAGAAGAACGAAACCCUUGGUCAAAAUGUCAUUGUAAAGAUCAAUGUUAUUGGAUCGCCACAGGUUGGAAAGACUUCUCUUAUACAAAGACUUAGAGGUGAUGCAAGCUCUCGAAAAACCGUUGUUGCAUUAGAUGGACAACCAAUGGAACUAGUUUUUCAUGAAACAGACAUUCGUUUGCAGCAACUAAGAUUUUGGACAAUCUACAAAAUGUUUUGA